AUGGAGGUCAAUGCAACGGCAAAUACAGCUGCCAAGGGAGCAUGGAGCCUGCUGUCGUCAACACCGCUGGUCUGCUAUGUCAUCCUAGUGCUGGUGGGCAUUCUGGGCAAUGGCAUGGUCAUCUGUGUGGUGGGGGAGAACAUCCUGCGUCAGCAGAAAGUGUACCGCAGCUCAGACAUGAUUCUGGUCAACAUGGCCUUCUCCAACCUGAUGGUGUCUGUGGCGAGGAACUUAUUGCUGGUCUUGACAGACCUGGGGAUCAAGAUGUCACCCUCUAUGAACUGGUGUCAGAUCCUGAUGGGCAUAUGGGUGUGGUUGCGCUGUGCCAAUGUUUGGUCAACGUUCUUCGUCAGUGCAUUCCAUUUUCAGACCUUGAGGCGGGUGGCCCCUCCUAUGGCUAGUCUAAACGGCUCCCGAGGGCCCCCUAGAUCUCUGCUGAUGGGCUUUGUUCUACUGUGGUCCCUCAAUCUCAUCUAUUCAAUUCCUGCUUUUGUGUUCUCUACUAAAGGAGACAAGAAUGCUACUGAGACAUUAAUGUUAGUGAGCAGUACAACACGUCCAUUGCUGGGCUGUCUGUGGGAUUUCCCCUCCACCUACAGUGGCCUAGCCUUUGCCACAGCUUCUAUGGUGAUCCACGAGAUCAUCCCCAUCCUGCUCAUGAGCGUCACCAACCUGGGCUCACUUAUCACACUGUACACACAUGGAAGCAAACAUCACCCUGCACACAAGAGUCAGGGCAUGCCCAUCAUGCACCGAGUCCCUGCAGAGAGACGAGCAGCCAAGGUGAUCCUCGCCCUUAUCAUUUUAUUCAUCACCUCCUGGGGUGCCAGCGUCGUCUCCAUGAACUACUUUAACUAUAACCGUGGUCCAUCAUCUGCAUACUUGCUGGUUGUGGCACGUUUCACCAACAGUGGCUUUAUAGCUUUGUCCCCUUUUAUACUGGCUAUGGGACACCGGAGACUCAGAGCCGUCAUUCUCAAAUGCAAAUGUUAA